ACGGGGUGGUCGAGAGCGACCUCGGCGCAGAAUCUCGAGUCAAGCGACUUCGACAAAGAGUCGCGCGCUACCAAGGGCCUUCACCUACAUUCGAAUCUCGGUCGCUCAACCCCCCGAGCUCCGUGCCUUGACCCGAGGCUAAAAAGGUGCCCAGACCCCACUACGCCGAGCCACUCCCGGCCCCGCUACGGCGUCGAGGAACUUUUGACGAAACGUGGCGUCAGGUUUAGUUACAGGUUGCCGAUAGCCCAGUAACCGUGGGACGUUCGGCUAAUGUUGAGCAAACGUUGGCCUGUUUGGGGGGGGAGGGGGUGGAGGUGAAUCGUCUCAGUCACAUUUACAUGGUUUUACAAAUUGCACCACGCUUAAAUGUCCUCUUUAACCGGUGGAGCCCGGCGAGAUUCGCGAGCUACGUUUCACGGCGCGGUCCAUUGUAGUUGCAUGCAAUAUUCAUGCAGUUGCAUGUAAUAUUCAUGCAGUUAUGUGCAACGUUACAGUGUGCGGGCACCGGGAGUUUGUGUAACGCGCUCGUACUCCGUGGCGUUUCUCUCUCGUUUUACGCGACUCCCCCGGGCUCGUGGAUCCGAGUCGCACUCGGCUCUAGCACUCGAACCGCGUCGUGGAGUGUGGGGGACACCAUCGACGUUGCCUGGCGACCGUCGAAGUGGGAGCGGGCGGCCGGGCCCUCGUUCCGAGCGGUCUUCACUGUACGCGCUAACCCGGCCGAGGACACGGGGAUACACAGAACACGCGCCGCUGUCCGUCAAAGCUGUCUCGACGCGAGCUCAAGUUCGGCUGGGACCCUCUUUGCUAAUUAAGUUUAUGCAGCGUGACUGCAAGCUAUCCAAAAGCCGCUUACGCGCGAUACAUUACCAGCGAAUUAUUUCCGCCCGUCGAUACCGACGUGCGUGCAAGACGCAGCAUUCGCGUGUGCAAUCGAUUGAGCGACAUGCUAUGCCUAAGCAGGACUCGCUGACCGCCAAAUGCAUUAACACCACACACGAGCACACGCAUGCAUUCCCCACCGAGUGUUUUCAAGCACGAGUUGGUUUCGAGGGCUGAGCAAACGCCGCGAGCGCUGUCCGUGGUGCUGAAGAGGGCGGCUGCUGCCGCCGCUGCUGCUGAGCCGCUGUCCCGCGGUGCCUCGAGAGGCUGUUCCUGAGGAGCGCUCUCCGUGGUGCUUGAAGAGGGCUGCCGCUUGCUGCUGCUGCUGCUUGCUGGCUGCGGCGCUCAGCCCGUGGAGCUGAAGAGUCGCCGUGCGGCCAUCGCAGCCCCGUGCCGCUCCGCCCGCUGAGCGGUCGCGACUGGGGAAUGCGUUUCAAGCGCCUCCCUUGACGCCGACAAUGCGCACCGCGGUCGCGCCUCUGCUGCUGCUGCUCCUGCUGCUGCUGGUCGCGAGCCGGGCCGCGGCACAGGGCCUCUUCCCGCGCCUGGAAAACGUGGCUGCCUUCAGGCCGGUGAGGCUAACGCCGCCGGGCGCGACCUGCGGCCUCUCGGGCACGACCACAUUUUGCUUCCCCAGUCCCGGCCCCGAUCAGGGAGGAGCCCCGGUGUGCAGGCCGGCCCUGUGCGCCAACGCCUGCCCGCACCACGCCACAACGCCGCCGCACUCUACGCUGGGCUCGCGCUCGUGGGCGACCGAGCCCGGGGCUUGCGCAGCGGUCGAUCCGGGGCAGGGGGCGGCCGGCGCUGCCGCGGGAGAGCCGGUGCUACGGUUCGCCGAGCGCAGCGACUGCCUCGCGACUCUGCCGAGCGAGUCCCUGGGACCCGAGGCCUCGUUCACCGUCGCCGUUUGGCUCCGGAAGGAGGGGAGCGGCCUGGCGACCAUCAUCGAGAAGGCCACGGAGGGGCGGACUGUGUUCAAGUUGGAGGUGGCGCCCGAUGAGGUCAGGUUUCACUACCGCACGGCGGAUAGUCUGCAGCAGGGCACUCUUGUCAUCAACGCCACGGGCAAGUUCCCCCCGGGCCGCUGGACUCACCUCACUCUGCAGGUGCAGGGUGCGCGACUCGGCACCUUCAUUAACGGGCCCGAGGAGGAUGGUUCGGCGUUCCACGCGGCGCUCCUCGCGGGCCCUGUCGCCGACGCCGCACGGCGCGCCGAGCUCAGCGUUGGCCGGGACGUGCACGGUGCCGGUCGGUUUGUGGGACUGGUGCAGGACCUCCGCUUCUACAGGGCCGCCCUCACUAACAGGGAGGUGGCGGAGCUGCUGACGGGCCGAUUGCCCCCGCUGCACGUCCAGUCCGAGUGCCGCUGCCCCGGCAGCCACCCCCGAGUGUCGCCGCUCCACCAGCGCUACUGCGUGCGCAACGGGGCGAGCGCGGCCACCCACGACGACCGCGUGCCGCGCGUCAGCCCCCACGCGCGGCCCCUCUCCCACGUCAACGACGACGACGCGAGCACCGUCUGGGUGUCGGCGCCGUCGCCCGGCCCCGGGCAACCGCCGCCCAGCGUGGCCGUCUCCAUCGAGCUUCGGGGCGGCUCCUAUCAGGUCUUUUACGUCAUCGUUCAGUUCCUGAGCCCCCAGCCCGAGGGCGUGAGGAUCCAGAGGAGGCCUGCGGCCGGCUCGCCGUGGGUCGACUGGCAGGUUUUUGCCAAAGACUGUGUUAGCAUGUACAACAUGAGCAAAAACGGGCCCUUGGAGAAGCCCGACUCCGUUAAUUGCCUGCAAUUUCCCAGGGAGGUACCGCUGUCCAGGGGAAACGUGACGUUCAGCGUCCUCACUCCGGAGCCAAACCUCCGGCCGGGCUACAACGCCUUCUACGCCACGCCGGCGCUGCAGGCCUUCGUGCUAGCGGCGGAGGUGCGCGUGCUGUUGGAGGGACGGCUCCUCGGUGUAGCGGGGGUGGCAGGCGGGCCCCUGCGUCCCUACCACGCCGUGUCCGAGGUGAUCGUCAGCGGAAGGUGCGAGUGCCACGGCCACGCCGAGCGCUGUGACUCGUCCACCACCCCCUACCGCUGCCUGUGCUCGGCCCAAAGCAACACGGAGGGGCCCAACUGUGAGCUGUGCAGGCCCCUGUUCAGAGACAAGCCGUGGCGGGCCGGGGACACACGGAACCAAAACGCCUGCCGGCCCUGCCUCUGCUACGGCCGCGCUUUAAGUUGCCGCUACGAGGCCAUCCUGGACCCACAUCCAGGCCUCCACUGGCGAGGUGGUGGCGGCGUCUGUCAGGACUGCACACAAAACACAACAGGACAGCACUGUGAGCGGUGCGUCGACCAUUUCUACAUGGAAGUGGGCGCCGAUGUUUUUUCCCCGGACUUGUGCCGACCGUGCGAUUGCCACCGCCCCGGUGUGCUCAUCGAGGACGAGCCCUGCAGCCUGGUGGGCGGGCAGUGCCGGUGCAAGCCGUUUGUGACAGGGCGGCGCUGCGAUGCUUGCCGGCCCGGCUAUUACGACCUGAGGGCCUCCUCCACGGACGGGUGUACCCCGUGCGGCUGCCACGUGGCUGGGACGCGUGGCGGGGACCCCGACUGCGAGGAGCACAGCGGCCAGUGCAGGUGCAAGCCCAACGUCAGGGGUGCAAAGUGUGACAGCUGCGACUAUGGAUUCAAGCUUCUGAGCGCGGCGAACCCGCUGGGCUGCGAGUCGUGUAACUGCAGCGCGCGGGGAGCGCUGGACCAGCUCUGCGACCCAGGCAGCGGGCAGUGUGCAUGCGUGCCGCACGCCGAGAACACGCGGUGCGACGCCUGCUCCGCGGGAUACUACGGCCUGCGUCCCGCCGGCUGCAGCCCCUGCGAGUGCGACCCGCAGGGUGCCGUGCCGGGCAGCGCGUGCGACGGGGCCACGGGGCGGUGCGCGUGCAAGCGGCACGUCGCCGGCCGUCGCUGCGACUCGUGCAGCGACGGCUUCUUCGGUCUGAGCGAGCUGACGCCCGACGGCUGCUCCCCAUGCGGCUGUGACCCGGCCGGCACGGCGAAUGGGACGGCGGGCUGCGACGCACGUACAGGGCGCUGCCACUGCAAGGCGCUGGCAUCGGGCUCGCUCUGCUCGCUCUGCCGGCCGGGCUCCUACAACCUUUCGGAAACGAACGCGGCUGGCUGCGAGCCAUGCCUCUGUGACCCCCAGGGCACGGAAUUUGGCACGGUGUGCGAUGGCAGCUCCGGGCAAUGUGCCUGCCUGCCGGGGUGGGCCGGCCGGCGGUGCUCCACUUGCCAAGCAGGGUUUUACCGCUUGGAAGGAGACGCCUCUGGCUGCCGGCCAUGCGACUGUCACGAGCGCGGCUCUGCGCACGCGGCCUGCGACGGCAACUCGGGCCAGUGUGCGUGCACCAGCCACACGGUGGGCGGGAGGCGGUGCCACCGCUGUGCCCACUCCUAUUACGGCUUCGCCCAGGAACUCGGCAGGUGCCGGGAGUGCGCCUGCUCGACGGCCGGAAGCCUCGACACGUCGUGCCACCCUGACACGGGGCAAUGCUCGUGCAAGGCGCUGGCGAUGGGGCGGCGCUGCGACGCGUGCACGCACGGGGCGUCCCACCUCCGCGCGAGCAAUCCCUUCGGCUGCAGCAAGACGCCGUCGCAGCAGCCGCCACCCGUGGCCCGCGCCCUCGGCUCCUCCGCCAUCGGGCUCGCCUGGUCCCCACCCGACGCCCCCAACUCUGACCUCCUCACCUACAUCCUUUAUCGCAAUGACAGCCAGAUCUACAGCGCACGGGAUCAAUACCCAUUUGGUCCACAAAGUUUCAACGACACGGACCUUUCGCCGUACACGUCCUACUCCUACUCUGUGCGGACAGCGAACGUCGCCGGCGGCGCGCGCAGCCCGGCGGCGUCCCAGCGCACGCUCGCGGGACCCCCGCCCGGUGGCCCCACGCUGGAGGUGCAGGGCCCCGUGGGCGCCCGCGCCGUCUCGCUGCGGUGGAGCGAAGCGUCCGGAGCGAACGGGCCGGUGCGGAGAUACGUCCUCGAGUCGCGCUUGCCCGGACAGGCCUCCCCGCCGCAGCUUCGCUAUGCCGGCCUAGGCAACGCCGCCCCGGUGCCGGGGCUGAGCCCGUUCACGUCGUACGAGUUCGCGGUGCGCGCCUGCACGGACGGGGGGUGCAGAGACGGCCGGCCUCUGCGGGUCGUGACCCGGCAGGCGGCCCCCGAGGGUCAGGCCGCUCCGCGCGCGACGGCGCUCGGCCCCACGGAGCUCGGCGUGUCCUGGGACCCGCCCUCGCGACCCAACGGUGCGCUCGUUCGCUUUGAGCUGUUUCUGCGGGGACCCUUGGAGGGGACGAACGCGUCGAGUCCGUCACCUCGCGAGCACCUCGUGCACGAGAGCUCGGGCUGGCUGGACUCCCAGGCCGGCGCGGCGCCUGGCGAGGUCGCGCUGCCGGCCACGGCCACGAACGCCAGCGUUGGGGGCCUGCGGCCGUUCUCCACGUACGAGCUGCGCGUGAUCGCCGUUAACCACGCGGGCGCCGGCUGCUCGCCCUGGACUCGCGCUCGCACUGGACAGGGCGCGCUGGUGCCCAUGGCAGCGCCCGAGGUGGUGCCCGUGAGUGCCACAGCCCUGAAGGUUUCAUGGGGCCGCCCGGCCGCCCGGGCCGUCGGAGAAGAGGUGCUCGCGUACCGCGUCGCUCGGCUGCGGGGGCAGAUGGACGAUCCACAUGCGCCUCCCGUCACCGCGGAGGAGGUGUGUGUGCGUGGGCCCCAUGACGAGUCGUGUUUGGUGGAGGGCCUGGAGCCGUUCUCUCGCUACAACUUCUCCGUCAGCGUGUGCACGGAGCGCGGCUGCGUCGGGAGCGCGCAGGGUGUCGGGGUGACGCUGCCUGCAGCUCCAGCGGGGCAGAGUGCGCCGAGCGGGCAAGGUGUCAACGCGUCGACUGUCCGAGUGGCCUGGAGGGAGCCUGCCCGACCCCACGGGGAACACCUUGUCUACCGGCUGGAGCGGACGCUUGCGGCACUGGCCAGCCCCCCGCCUCGUGCCAGCAGGGGAGUGAGGUUCCCGGGAUAUGCCUACUAUCACUUCCCACACUCCACGUUCCCAACCAACGCGUAUUACACAGGGCUGCGUCUACGCUUCAGGACACGGCAGGCGGAGGGGCUGCUGCUGCUGCUGGCGGCAUCACGUGAUGCUCGGCGCGAGUUCGUGGCUCUGCUGCUGCACGACGGCCGGCCGCGCUUGCUUUUCGACCCCCAGGGUGGUGCGGCGAGCCUGGACGGGGAGCGCCGCUGUGACGACGGCGCGUGGCACCACGUGGAGGCCACGAGGGCGAUGGGAGCUGGCGAGCUGCGCGUCGACGGGGAGGUCGCAGGAGUGGUGUCCGACUCUGGCCGAGGCCCCAUCAUCGGCGAGAACACGCUGGUGUUCGUGGGCGCAUUGCCUCGGCGCUACGCCCUGCGCCUCACCGACAUUGGAGAUGAGGCUGCGCUGAGACGAGGCUUCGUUGGCUGCAUGAGCGACCUCUUAAUCAAGCGGAAGGACUCGCCUCUGGAGGAGUGGGAGCCGCUCGAGUGGGAUCUUGCGGCGGAGGCCUCGGGAGUGCCAGCGCCCUGGGAGGGCUGCCCCACAGAGCUCCAGCCUGGAGCUCACUUCCUGGGACACGGGUUUUUGGAGUUGCGGUCAGGCCUGUUUUCUGGAGAAGGUGACUUUGAGGUGUCGCUGCAGUUCCGCACGGAGAGGCGGGGUGAGAUGAUCUUGCUGUUCGCCCAUGGUGAGGAGGCAAAGUCGUUCAUCACGUGUGUGCUCUCUGGAGAGCAGCUCCUGUUUGCCGUAGCCAUUGGCUCCCAGACAGCCUUGCUAAAUGCGACGGUGGGCAGGAGCUACUGCGACGGGCGUUGGCACACGGUGACAGUCGGCAGGAACGCCUCGUUCAUCUCCGCCUCCCUGGAUGGCGCACCGGCGGCCACCGCGGUGGGCGUGGUGGGAGACCUAAAGAUCACGUCCCCUUUCUACCUGGGUGGUGUGCCACCAGGGCUUCCCGCUGAGGGCCUGCUCCACCACCGCAGCUCCCAUCCAGAGUUCGGAGGCUGCGUCGGAGCCGUGAGCCUGAUGCGUGGCUCGGCGGUGGAGCUGGUGCCGGCGUCCGUGGGUGCGCGGGGGGUGAGCCUGGACGGGUGCCCCCGGGGGGGCACGGGCGCAGCGUGCGGAUCCGCCGAACCCUCGCUUGUCUACAGCGGCACCCGGGGGACGGCGAUCGACACGGGGCUCGACGCCUUCACCGAAUACCUGUACAGGGUGACGGCGGUGAACGAAGCCGGGUUUGACGUGUCCCCCUGGGAGAGGGUCAGGAGCAGGGAGGGAGCCCCCGCUGAGGUGAGACCCCCCCACGCUGCCCGCGCCAUCACCGCCCUCUCGGCCGAGCUGCUGUGGGCCGAGCCGGCAGUGUUCACCGGUGUCGUCAGCUCCUACGAGCUGAGGGCGUACCACUCAGCCCACCCCGAGCAGCUGCCUGUCACCGCCGCUUUCAGUGACACCGCCUCGUUGGACGGUGAGCUGGUGGCGUGGUCUGUGAGGCCCCCGAGUUCGGACACCUCCGCAAAGUUGGUAAUGAGCCAGCCCCUCGUGACGACCAUCAUCACUUACGCCCUAGAGGGGAAGCUGGAGGGUCUGACCCCGCACACCAAUUACAGCGUGACCCUACUGGCCUGCACGGCGGGCGGCUGUACGGAGAGCAGCGCCUCCCUGCUCGUGCGCACCGCCCGGCAGGCAGCGUCCGAGUCUGUGCCGGCGCCCGAGGCCACGGCGAGCGCCACCUCCCUGCUGCUGUCAUGGCCACCCCCGCGAGAGCCCCGAGGGGUCAUCACCCACUACUCGCUCUACCGCGACGAGGCGCUCGUCUACAAAGGCACGGGGCGUGCCGUCAACAUCACAGGCCUGGGGGUUUUCUCCGUGCACACAUUUGUGCUCUCGGCCUGCACGGAGGGCGGCUGCGCGAACAGCUCCGCCGUGACGCUCACCACCACCCAGCUCCCACCGACACACGUAGCGGCACCCACACUCAGCGUGCUGGACGCACACUCCAUCAACGUGCAGUGGAGUGAGCCCCUAGAGCUGAAUGGGGAGCUGCAAUGCUACGAGCUCUACGCCAUCGGGGACAAGCCCGGGGAGGAGGAGGAGGAGGAAGGCUCCACGUGGCCUGGUGAUGGAGAGAAGCCCCCAAUGUGGCCUAAGCAGGUGGUUGAGGUUCAUUAUGAGGAGGAUGAGGGCCAGGACGAGGCGGCCGUGGCUAGAGGAGGCGACCCCCUGGCCUUGCCAGCUUUGGCCUACGGGAGGCUCUUGUACAGAGGCGGAAACGUUACCGUGGAGCACAGUCUGCGGCAGCUCAUCCCCGGAACUCUGUACCAAAUCCGGGUAGCUGCGUGCACGCUCGGUGGGUGUCGCGUCAGUGAGCCGAGUGCCGCCCGCACGGAGGAGGCGGCUCCGGAGGGGGUGGCGCUGCCCGUCGUGCGGUCCCCAGCAUCAGGCUCCCUGCUCGUGUCCUGGGGCCCACCCGUCCGGCCCAACGGGGUGAUCACGAGCCACGGGCUGCUGAUGAACGGCAGCCUGGUCCACGACUCGCCGCACUCCCUGAGCUACCGCGCCACCGGGCUUGCGCCGUGGAGCCCGCACACGCUCAGGGCGCGCGCGUGCACGGCGCGCGGCUGCGCUCUCGGAGCCCCGGUGGAGGUGCGCACACAGGAGGCCGCCCCUACAGGUCACGUGGAGCUGAGAGUGGCCACAGAGGACGCACGCACGACUCGGGCCAUGUGGCUCGGACCCGCGCAGCCAAACGGACGACUCACCUACAGCCUCACGUGCAUGGGGCCCUUCUACAGCCGCCCUGAGAGCGGUGACUCCAGCGUGGUGGAGGAGUCUCGCGAGGUCCACAGUGGACACGAGGCCGGCGUGUGGGUGUUGGUGCGAGGCCUCGUGCCGCUGUCGUCCUACUCCUGCUCCGUGAACGCCUCCAACAGCCGCGGCCACGUCCUGAGCAACCGCGUGGCCACGCGCACCCCAGCCGGCGCCCCUGACGGCGUGGAGGCCCCGAGCCUGACAGCUGUCAACUCCACAGCCGUGCGGGCGACAUGGGGGGCCCCGGCCCCGAGCAGUGCCCCGGGGGUGCUGCUGUACCAGCUGCAGAUGCGCAGAGCAGGUGUCCCCGAUGGCGUCGCAGAUCUCUUCCUGGCACCGUCCACAGCCUCCAGUAUCACUGCGGCCGCACUGCAGCCUCACACGCGCUAUGAGUUUAGAUUAAUUGCGUAUAACAAUGUUGGCAGCGGCACGAGUAACUGGAGCCAAGUGGCCACACACGAGGACUCUCCUGGAGCAAUGGAGGCUCCCACGGUGUCUGUCCUGGACUCCAGCACGGUGUCACUGCGGUGGCAGCGCCCGGCGCAACCCAACGGCAGGCUCUCCCACUACGGCGUCUACUGCAACGGUUCCCUCUGUGGCUCCGUGCCCGGCACCGGCACGGAGCUGGCUUUCAGAGCGGGCGGCCUUCGCCCCUUCUCGCCGUACGCCUUCGCCGUCGAGGCCUGCACGCUGGCGGGCUGUUCCCGCUCGCCGGACUCGCCGCCGGUGCGCACCCUCCCUGCCAGCCUCGACGAGGUGUCGCCGCCGCCGCCGCCGCCGCCGCGCUCCCCCACGCCCAGCUCCGUGCUGGUGGCGUGGCGCCGCCCGCGGCAGCCCCCCGGCCGCGUCGUGAGCUACGCGUUGGAGCGCCGCCGCGCCGGCUCGCGGCUCGCCUCCGCUGUGGCCACGUGGCCGCCGCACGACGAGGCGGACGGAGCUGGAAAAGAGCCGGAGCGCCCGGACGAGUCGCCCGACCUCGUUCCGUGGACCGCGUACGAGCACCGCGUGCCGGUCGGCACCGCCGGUGGUGUUGCGGCCGGCAGCGAAUGGAACCGGGUGACAACGCGGCACGCGCGCCCCGGCGGGCUGCGGCCGCCUCGCUUGGAGGUCUUGGGGCCCGACAAGGUUUCCGUGCAGUGGGCGCCGCCUCUGCAGCCCAACGGCCGGCUGGCGCGCCACGAGCUGCUGGCGCAGGGCGCGCGGGCCGUGAUCGGCGACCCCUCGGUGCUCGCGCACACGCUCACGGGCCUCGUCCCCUUCACCGACUACGCCGUCAGCCUCCUGGCCUGCUCGAGCGGGGGAGCGGACCGGCCCGAGAUGGCGGUGGGCCAGGCAGAGAGGCCGGGAGACGCGGUGGGCACGGAUGCACCCGAAGAGGCGCUGUGCACGGAGAGCGAUCGUGCCCACGUUCGCACCCCGCCGGCGGCCCCCGAGGGGGUCUUUCCGCCUGUGGCCACGCCGGCAAGCAAGUCUCUCGUCGUCCUGUCCUGGCAGCCGCCCGCCCGGCCCAAUGGACCCCGGCUACGAUACGAGCUGCUUCGCUGCAAAGUGGAGCAGCCCCUGUCAGUGUCUCCUCCGAGAGACAUAAACCUGUGGAUGAGCAUUUAUCUGGGAACAGAUCUUUCCUUCGAGGAUAAAGGACUCAGCAGGUUCACAAGGUACGCCUACCGCCUGCUGGUUCACAACACGGCAGGCUCAGCAAGCAGCACACCCGUGCUGACCGACACCCUGGCCGGCGUGCCCCUGUCCGGGAGCCAUCUGGAAGCACGCGCCCUCAACCACACGGCCCUAGUGGUCAACUGGACCCGCCCCGGACUCGCCGAGCUGCAGGGCGCCGUCACCACCUACACCGUCUCCAUCAACAGCAGCUUCUCCGCGCGCUCCCUGCAGUUUCCGCCGGACGCAGAGCGCGCGGUGAUCGCGGGGCUGAGCGCCGGCACGCUGUACCGCGUCUCGCUGUCCACAUCCAACGGGGCCCACGCUGUCACCAGCACCCCAAUCCACGUGGUCACGCCGGACGGAGUGCCGGAGGGGUUGGCGCCACCGCAGGUGGAGGUGCUGAACGGGACGGCGGUGCGGGUGGCGUGGGCGGCCCCGCCGCGCCCCCAGGGCCGCGUGACGUCAUACGCGGUGGUGGUGGAUGGGCAUCGGCGCAACACCGGCUUCCAGGAGCCCGGCUCCACCAUCGUUGGCGACCUCCAACCCUUCACCGCUUACAGCAUACAGCUGGAGGUGUGCACGCGCAACGGAUGCUCGCUCAGUGACGCCGUGGCGGUGGUGACAGUGGAGGAGGAGCCGCAGGACGUGUUUCCACCACAUCUCGGGGUCCUCGGCUCAAGCGCCGUGCGGGUGGAGUGGGACCUCCCCGGGCGCCCACGUGGCCUCCUGCGGGCGUUCUCCGUGCGGCGCAGCGCCCAAGUACCGUGCGCUCACCGCGCGGAGGCCUCGUGUCCGCAGGGAGAGCGCACGGACAGGGAUCAAACGUGCGGCUCUGCCUGUUACUCCCCUCUCACACAGGUUUGCUGUGGGGGAGUAGUACACGAGGCCAGGCCCGACUACGCAUGUUGCGACGACCGCCUUGCGCUGCCGGAGGGUGGACCCUCGGCCGUGUGCUGCGGCGGGCGGUUUCACCGGCCCCUGGUGGAGCACACGUGCUGCGAGGGGCACUACGUCCACGUCAAGCCAGGAGAGGCGUGCUGCUGGGACCCCGGGUGGCGCGAGGUGGCGGUGGGGCCGGGGGACGCGUGCUGCGGAGCUAGGCCGUACGCGCUCCGCGGGCAGCAGCGGUGCUGCGGGGACACGCUGCUCGACGCGUCGCGUGCCUCGUGCUGCGGGCGCCGUGCGCUGGGCGAGGGCGAGACGUGCUGCGGCGAGGGCGAAGCAGCCAGCGCCCACCUCGCCGUGCCAGGCAUGGUGUGCUGCGGUGGCGAGUACGUGGCGUCCUCUCUCACCGUGUGCUGCCCGGGCGACGACGCCGCCGACGACGACGACAGCGAGGAAGAUGAGGAGGAGGAUGAGGGCGGCACCGGCACGGCGCACGCAUUCUCCUCCCCGGACGAGCGGGCGUCCGCCCUCGACGCCGGCGCCCGCUGCUGCGGCUCGGAGCUGCUCGACGAGGCCGGGGAGCGGCGCUGCCCCCGUGGCGGGCAGGGGCUGGCAGCUGCUGCUGAGCCAGAGCGCCUGCAGGGCGGCGGGCCUGGCGAGGAGACGACUCUGGCUGGGCUCCGUAGCAACCGCACGGACGCUGAUGAAUGCUUCUCUCCUGAGUUCGUGGUGUUUUCCGGCCCCGUCGACGUCACCUCCUUCACCGACGCAGCCUUGGCGCCGCACACAACAUACCGCUACCGUGUGGUGGCGUCGAACCGGCACGGCUAUGGCAGCAGCGUCCCUCGCCUCGUCACCACUGAGCCCGCAGCCCCCCGCAGCGUGAGCCCCCCUCGCUGGAGCCUCGUGCCUGGUCGCCAGGACGCCCUAAGGCUCUCCUGGCAGCCUCCUCUCCAGCCCAACGGGCCUGUCACGCACUAUAUGGUGGAGCGGGAUGGGCUGGAGCGGCACCGUGGAUCGGAGCUCCACUUUCUGGACGAGCACGGCGUGAUGCCCUUCCGCGCGUACCACUACCGCUUGGCCGCCUGCACCGUUGCCGGCUGCACCUUCAGCAGGCCGGUGACCGCAGCCACCGCUCAAGGUCCCCCGGAGGACAUCGCCGCUCCCGUGGUCACGGCUCGGGGCCCCCGGUCGCUCUCGCUCAGCUGGGCGGCCCCUGGCCGGCCAAACGGAGCCAUCCACCUCUACCGCAUGGUGCAGGCUGGCGCGGGGGUCAUCCACACCCACAUGCAGGGGCCCCUCCUCCUCAACGUUUCAGGGCUGGAGCCAUUCAGCAGCUACAGAUUUGCGCUGGAAGCUUGUACGGCCGGUGGCUGUAGCUCCAGCCCUCUAGCGGAUGCCACGACCCUGGAAUCAGCCCCCCAAGGCGUGUGGCUGCACCCGCGGAACUUUGUUGUGAGCAGCAGCGUCCUGGAGCUGCACUGGGCUCAGCCGGCGCAGCCCAACGGACGCAUCGUGCACUACCGGCUGCACCGCAGCGGCCGCCACGUCUACACGGGGGGCCCCGAGCUUCUCUCCUACACGGACCGCGGUCUCCGCCCCAACAGCAGCUACGUGUACACGCUGGAGGCGGCCACCUCGGCCGGCGUGGGCUCCAGCGGGGGUCACUGGGUGCGGACGCCCCCCUGGACCCCCGAGGGGGUCCCCGCCCCCCACGACGUGCGCGUGCUGGGCCCCCGCUCCAUCCUCGCGUCGUGGCGCGCGCCCGCGGUGUUUAACCUCGCCGUCCCCGUGGAAUACAAUGUCACUGUGAAUCUGGGCUCGGCGAGGGAAAUGGCUUUCUCGGCGGCGCAGUCCCGGAGCCUGCUGCUGGAGGGCCUGGAGCCGCACCGACGGCAUGAGCUGCGUGUUCUGGCCUGCCAGUCAGGCGGCUGUGGCCUGAGCGCGCCGGCGUACGCCGUCACGGAAGAGGCCGCCCCGGAAGGGCAGGGCCCGCCCGGCGUCGCAGCCCUGGGGACUGCCGUGCUCGAGGUCACAUGGUCUCCACCCGAGCAUCCCAACGGCGACAUCACAACAUACGUCCUGUACAGACGCGAUGCCGGUGCGCGGAACGAGCUAGUGGUUUUCGUCUGGUCAGAGGGCCCGCUGGUGUUCACCGACGCCUCGCCAGAGCUGCGGCCAGGCUCCGCGUACGAGUACCGUGUGCGGGCGCGCAACCGGCAGGGUGAAACUGACGGGCCGUGGGCACGGGGCUGGACCAGGGAGGCCCUGCUGGGUGACCUCGAGCUACCCGGCGUAACGCCACAUGGUCCCUACUCCCUGCACACCAAGUGGCGGCCGCCGCACGCACCGCACGGAGCCAUUCGCCAGUACCGGCUCGAGUAUGGCCCGCGGGGCUCAGAGAAGUUGGUGCCUUCCCCCGAAAUCAAGGCCCUCACCGUGCCGGGGGAGCGGCGAGAGGCGCUGGUGUUUGGGCUGGAGCCCCACACGCUCUACCAGCUGCGGGUGGUGAUGGUGGUGGUGAGCGGUGCGGGGGAGAAGCCAAGUCCCUGGGCCUCCGCACGCACCCUGGAGGCUGCUCCGAGGGGGCUCGCCCCACCGGUGGCACACUCCCUGGCCGGGGGGCGCAGCAUCCUGCUGCACUGGGAUGCACCGGCACGACCCAACGGCAUCGUCCAGAACUACAGCAUUCUCAGCGACAGUGGCGUCGAGUUCAGCGGGCUGGCUCGUCGCUUCGUGCUGCGGCGGCUUGUGCCGUACAAGGACUACUCGCUGGCGCUGGAGGCGUGCACGUCCGUGGGCUGCGCUCGCUCCGGCCCCGUGACAGCCCGCACGGGCGAGGCCGCUCCGGCCUCCCAGCCCGGGCCCGACGCCCGGCCGCUCGGCCCCACGAGCGUGGAGCUACGCUGGACACCGCCCCGCCGGCCCCACGGCCGCAUCCUCCGCUACCUCAUCAUCGGCGGCGGCACCGCCACCGACCCGGCAAGUGGGCGGAGGGACGCCGUGCUAGAGGAGGUGGCUGAGGAGGCGAUUGUCAAUGCCUCGAUGAGCUCACGGGAAAAACGCUCCUACGUGCACCGUGGCUUGAAGCCGGGAACCGCUUACCGCUACAAGGUGCGCUCGUGGAACUCGGCGGGGUUCGCCGAGAGCGGGUGGGUCACCGUGCGCACGCCGCAGGCUGCUCCGGCGCAGCUGGCGCCCCCCUCCGUCCGCACCGUCCCUCGCAGCCCCCGCAAGCUGUGCGUGAGCUGGACCCCUCCGUUGGAGCCGAAUGGAGAACUGCACCACUACAGGCUGCUGAGAAACGGUUCCCUUCUCCCGUUCAUCUUCGACCAGGCCACGCUGAACUUCACAGACGUCGACCUUCUGGCACACACCGACUACAGCUACGCGGUGGAGGCCUGCACCGCGGGAGGGUGCGUCACCAGCCCGGCGACGAGCCAGCGCACGCCGGAGACCGCGCCCAGCUUCGUGCCUCCCCCCAUGGCCGCCCCCAUCAAUGCCACCGCCAUCCGCGUCAGCUGGGCGCCCCUCGCUCCCGAUCGCGGUCAGACCACGCAGGCGAAGCUUUUCGUGGACGACGAGGAGCGCCCCGAGGGGCUGAGCGAGAACGUGACGGUGUCCGGCUUGCGCCCAUACUCGGAGCACGGCUUCUUCGUGUCCGCGUGCACGGGCGGUGGUUGCGCCAACAGCAGCGGCGUGAGAGCGCGGACGCUGGAGGCCCCUCCCGAGGGCUUGCGCGCCCCGCGCCUGGACGUGACCAAUUACCGUACGGUCGACGUACGGUGGCAGAAGCCGGACGCUCCCAACGGACAAAUACUGAGCUACGAGUUGUGGCGCGACGGCACUCUGGUUUACUCGGGCCUCAAGCUGCACUACCGAGACGCGCGGCUGUCCCCCGGCGCCCGGUACUCGUACUCCCUGAUGGCGCGCAACUCCCGCGGGACGGUGAGCAGCGCAACCUCCGUCGCCCGCACCCUGGCCUCCGCGCCGGGCGGCCUGGCGCCGCCGCGGCUGGAGGCGCUGUCGUCGACGGAGAUGCGCGUGGCGUGGGACCCGCCGUUGCGCCCCAACGGGGACGUCGUCAACUACACGGUGCGCAUGCGGGACCUGGAGUCCGGCAACACGAGCACGCUCGGCGUGGUGCCGGGGCGCGAGGCUCUCGCAGAGCUCACGCUGGUGGUGGGGGAACUCGCUCCUCGUCAAAGGUACGAGGCGUGCGUGGAAGCGUGCACGGCUGGGGGCUGCGCGUCGAGCGAGUGGGCACGGGGCAGCACCCUGGAGGCGCCGCCCGCCCUGCAGCCCGGCCCCAGCGUGGAGCCGCAGGCCGACGGCGCGGGCGACCAAGCGGGCCCGCGCGUGUCCUGGGCCUCCCCGCUGCGGCCCAACGGCCCCGUCCUGCGCUACGAGCUAUACCGCCGGGGCCCCAUGGUAGGCCCUGCUGGUCCUCGCCGGGCCGCCGGGACACGCGUUGCCCUCGUCUACAACGGGACCGCUCGGUCCUUCCGGGACGGGAGCGCGGAGACGAACGCGGAGUACGAGUACAAGGUGCGGGCGGUGAACGCGGCCGGGCACGUCGACGGCGUCUGGGUGCGGGGGCGCACGGGACCCGCUCCUCCCCUCGGGCUGCAGCCACCCUCCUUUUCCUCGGUGGCGGCCACCUCGGCCGUGGUGCUCGUCUCACCGCCCACCCAGCCCAACGGCAUCGUCACCGUUUACCGCGUCUUCGCCAACAGCUCCAGCGGCCUCCACAUGAUGCUAUCCGAGGGGGCCUCCGUGGAGCAGGAGAUCCACGGGCUGGAGCCGUUCAGCACGUACUCGGUGUACGUGCAGGUGUGCACGUGCCUCCGCUGCUGCGCUGAUGGACCCCCCGCGCGCCUGCAAACUCUGCCAGCGACCCCGACCGGGCAGCCCGCUCCUGCCCCCUCAGCUGUGGGGUCCCGCGCUGCCAGCCUGGCCUGGAGCGACCCCACACGGCCCAACGGGAUCAUGCACAGCUUCGAGCUACAGAAACGCAUGUCGUGUCCUCAGCCGCCCCAGCCUCUGCCGGUGGAGUGCCGGCAGGGCUCGCUGGACGUGGUGUACACGGGCUCUCAGAGGUCGCACAACGUCAGCGGCCUCCUGCCCUACUGCAGCUACGACUUCCGCAUCAUCUCGCACAACCAGGCCGGCAGCACCGCGUCAGCAUGGAGCACCCUCACCACGCACAAGGAAGCCCCAGAGUUUGUGGCGCCAUUCGACGUGAGCAGCAACCUAACGGCGCUUUCGGUCGACUGGAGCGCCAGCUUCCACCUGAACGGGCCGCUGCGCGAGUUCGCUCUUAGCGAGGGCGGCACGCGCGUGUUUGCAGGACUCAGCCUCUCCGCCAGCCUGCCCCGCACAUCAGACAAAACAUUCCAGUUUCGCGUCACCUGCACAACAGAAAUGGGAUCUGUCAGUUCUCCCAUCAUCUCGUACAACACUGCCACUGGAAUAGGGGAGCCAACGCAGGACUCUGGGGGGCGGCUCCCGGAUGGAGACCCUCACUUCUACAGCGAGCUGUGGUUCGUGUCUCUGCUCUCGGCCGUGGGGAUGCUGCUCAUGGCCGUCGUGCUGGCGCUGCUGCUGCGCCGCGCCAUGCGCAAGCCGCCCUACACGCGCCAGCGGCCGCCGCUGCUGGGCUCCCGCCACGCGCAGGCCACCAUGAUGCCGCUCUGCGUCUACCCGUCCUCCGACAACCUCCUGUUUGACCACCUGGCGGACUCCAUCGGCUCGGCAAGUAGUAUCACUUUGCGGAGUUUCACGUUCCAUAACGAGGGCCUGCCCGACACGCGCAUCUCAAGCCCUAGCUCGCACAAGCGCGGCAGGGCUGCGCGACGGCACAGCGUCUCGGUGAUCCACGUGCCCCCGCGCGGGACGCUGCUGAACCCACCCACUCCGCCACCGCCACCGGCUGCACCACCGCUGUGUCGCGCGUGCUCCCACGACUCGCUGCACCACGGCGCCAGCCGGCUCAUCGAGACGGCCGAGGCGACGUCCCUGCCGGAGGAGCCGCUCUGGGACGCGCUGCUGCGGCCCCGAGUCCGGGACAGCGGGAUGAUGAGCGCCUUUGGGGAUGACGAGGAACUCCUGGAGUCCAUGAAGGCGUUCACCAUCUGCAAGGAGCACACGGUCUUCACCGACACUCACCUGUAACCCAAGACACUCACGUGUAUCCACGACGCAAGGAGUUUCACUGCAGCCGCUGUGUUAACGCCAACGUGACAGAGCGGUCCGUGAGUGUUCGCUCAUUCAUGCGCUGCUGGCCUUUGUGUUCACGCAUUGUCGUGGCAUUUCAUCAAUACGCAUUUCAAUUCCAGCAACACAGGGAAAGGUUAAUACGUUUCGAUUAUCUCACUACCCCUUGGUAUUUUAAAAUAAUGGAAAGCAAGAUUUACUGUGGAGUCCUUGUAGUCAAUUUCAGAAACCACGGUUAAUUAUGUCAACUCUGCCAAAGUUUUACCAGUGUCAAAAUGCCAAGAAGAAAGUUUUUAACUUUUAAAGAUAAAAUUGCCAACUUGUAGACACAAUAAGCACACAGCCAGUGGGCGUGCUCAUGAGAACGCGUGUUUGUCAACGAGUUAACAUGGACAAGGAAGUAUAUGUGAUGCUGCUGCACGUUGCGAUGUUUUGUGUGCAGCAGUGAUUGAGCACCCACAAGUCGGCGGAGAUGCGUUAAUAGCUUAAGUAGGUUGUGUAAGGUUAUUUGAUUUCUUUCGGUAAAGUCACGUAGAAGGGAAAUAAUAAAAUAAUACAAAUAAAACAAUUAAAAUUCUCACGUUUCGAUUGCAACACAAGCAAAUCAUCAUUAGGUGUGAAAACU